AUGGCCAGCAAGGAGGGUACCGCAGGGCAGGCCUUUGGCCCUGUUCUAGCUGCGGUCGCUACAAUGCAGGGAAAUGUUUCCAGAACCGAGAAGGCGCAUGCUCAUGAGUUUCUCGAGAAAUUCCAGAAAUCAGUUGAAGCCUGGACAAUUACCCAUGAAUUAUUGCAGUCUCCCGAUGUUCCUGUCGAGGCUAAGUUGUUCGCUGCGACCACGCUGAAGGGAAAGGUGAAACGAUCCAUGAUCAUGUUCGAUCUGGACCAGCUGCCCGCAGAAUCUGUACCCGCUCUAAGGGACUCAGUAAUGAAUCUCCUCGUCGCCUUUGCAUCAGGCCCUCGCCCUAUUCAGACACAACUAUGCGUAUGUUUGGCGAGCCUCGCCAUUCAGAUGACUGGCUGGAAAGAUGUCCUCGCUACUGUCGGCUCAGCACUGGGGAGUAAUGCUGGUGAUUGCGUGUUGGAGUUUCUGAGAAUCCUUCCGGAAGAAGUUACUGAAGGUCGCAAAAUCAAUCUAAGUGAAGACGACCUCAUCCUCAGGACGAAAGAACUCUUGGAAGAUAACGCAGAGCAAGUGAUGCACCUUCUAAUUCAGUAUGCUCAGUCAUCACGUAUGUACACGUUCCUUAAAGCAUUCACGACCCACUCCAUACAUAUACUAAAGUUUAUACCUAUUUUAGCAACUGCAUCUACCAAUCCUCGUCUCCUGGACUGCAUUACAUCUUGGAUGCGCGAGAUCCCCGCCUCGAAGAUUGUUGAAUCACCCUUGUUAGAUGUCAUUCUGAAGGCACUUGACGAUGAUGUGUCAUUCGAAGCCGCGGUGGAGAGUGUUUGCACCCUGUACAGAGAUACUCGGGAGGUGGACGACUCACUGCCGAUUAUACAGACCUUGUAUCCACGCCUAAUGUCCCUUCGUCCAAAGAUCGCCGAGGCUGCGGAGGCCGAGGAUAUGGAUGCGUUCAGAGGCAUUACCAGGCUUUUUGCGGAGGCUGGUGAGUCUUGGGUUGUGCUGAUCGCCCGCUUACCGUCCGAUUUCCGGGGCCUCGUAGAGGCUGUCCUAGAAUGCUGCGCACGAGACUGGGAACGCGACGCUGUUUCACUAACUUUCGUAUUUUGGUAUGAAUUGAAGCAGUAUGUCACGCUGGAGCGGUAUGCCGAUGCACGGGUAAGCUAUAGUGAUGUCUUCUCCAAGCUGGUGGAUGUUAUGGUGAAGCACCUUGAGUACCCCCGCCCAGAAGAGGUGGUUCCCUCAAGCUAA